UCUGAGCUAAAAGUAGAAUCAAGAGCUAGCGCAAGUAUGGAGUCUUUGCUUCAGUCACCAAUGAAACUUGUACUUUUGACAGCAUGGCUCUCCAGUCUGAUGGACCCAUGCAGCCUCUCUGACAUUUGUGAUUCUUGUCACCAACUUGCAACGUGCAAGACCCUGAACGGCUCAAACGAUGCCUGCUUCUGCAACAAUGGAUAUACCGGAGAUGGAACAACAUUUUGCAAUGAUGACAACGAGUGCCAGAAUGUGACUAAUAUCUGCGGGGACAGGGGGAGCUGCACCAACACAGUGGGCAGCUACUACUGUACAUGUGUCUCUGGAUACACAUCGACAGGACUGGCCGAGUUCCAGCCCAAUGAUGGCACUGGAUGCAUCGAUAUUGAUGAAUGCAAGUCAGGACCGAUCUGCGGACCAAACUCACACUGCCAUAAUACGAAUGGAUCUUUCUAUUGCACCUGUCAGCGUGAUUACAUCCCAACUUCUGGCAUUAAGCACUUUCAUCCGGAGAGAGGUGUGAGAUGUAAAGAGCAUCCCCAAAAAUACUGCCAUGACAACAUCGGGUGCAUGACAGAGACUGUCAACAAAACACUUGAAUAUAUGAGCAACCUCACGGAGCCCCAGAGUUUGCUGAAGGAAAUUGCCAAGCAAACGUCCGGCGAACUCACCUCAGUGGAAGUGAUCGCAUAUGUUGAGGCCUUGAGUCGAUCUGCAUCAACACUGGCUGCCGAGGAAAAGGAUUACACUGUCAAACCAUCCGUCAUCAACUCAACUCUUACAAAACUAGUGAAAGCAGUAAACAACUUGGUGGAGAAGGAUGAACUGGUGGCUUGGAGCCGAAUUACAGAAGUGCGACGGGAACAUACCAUCACAAAGCUGCUACACACUGUUGAAGAAAGCGCUCUGACUCUGGCUAACAACUACAAAACUCCAACUGAGCUGGAAAUCAAAGCCACCGAAAUGGAAUUGAAACUCUUCACCUUUGAUGCUCGUCACACAAAGGCCAAACUGUCUGCUUCCAUGGGAGGAGAUCAUAUAAAUCUAACUCCAAAACUGAGCGCAGAGGAGGACAGAAAUGGAAGUGUGUCAGUGGUGUUUGUGCGAUAUGACAGCAUCGGUGACAUCCUGAAGCCGAGCAGCGACCCAGGUGUCACCGACUACUCCCGGUAUGCAGGGACGGGGGAAAUCACUGUCAACUCCCAAGUCAUAGCAGCAGCCGUCAAACCUGCUGACGUUUACCAACUUGACCAUGUCACCUUCACUCUGAGACACAACGAGCCCAUAGACACUAAAGCUGAUGUGGCGAAGUGCGCCUUCUGGGAGUAUGAGCCGGACAGCCUGCAGGGCCACUGGGCCACUCGCGGCUGCAAGACCGUCCACGUCAACAGCAAUGCAACCACCUGCUCCUGCAAUCACCUCACACACUUUGCCAUCCUCAUGUCCUCUGGGCGAGCCAAUCUGGUGGCCCACAACAAUAUCCUGACCCGGAUCACCCAGCUGGGGAUGAUCAUCUCCCUCAUAUGUCUGUCCAUGUGCAUCUUUACCUUCUGGUUCUUCAGCGAGAUCCAGAGCACCAGAACCACCAUCCACAAGAACCUGUGCUGCAGCCUCUUCAUGGCCGAGUUCAUCUUCCUGGUGGGGAUCAACAUGAACACACACAAGCUUUUCUGCUCUGUUAUUGCAGGGCUGCUGCACUAUUUCUUCCUCGCGGCCUUUGCCUGGAUGUGCAUCGAGGGCAUCCAUCUGUACUUAAUAGUGGUUGGCGUCAUCUACAACAAAGGCUUCCUGCACCGUAACUUUUACAUCUUUGGCUACGGGAGCCCGGCUGUGGUGGUGGCCAUCUCUGCAACACUCGGCUCCAAGUAUUACGGCACUGAUAAAGUAUGUUGGCUGAGCACAGAAAACCACUUCAUAUGGAGUUUCAUUGGGCCGGCGUGUUUGAUCAUUCUGGUUAAUCUCUUGGCUUUCGGAGUAAUCAUCUACAAAGUGUACCGGCAUACUGCUGUGAAAAAGCCUGAAAUCAGCCACUAUGAAAACAUCAGGUCUUGCGCCCGCGGUGCCCUUGCUCUGCUGUUCGUGCUGGGAGCCACCUGGACUUUCGGAGUGCUGCACAUCCUCAACGAGACCACCCUCACUGCAUAUCUGUUCACGAUCGCCAACGCCUUCCAGGGAAUGUUCAUCUUCAUCUUCCUCUGUGUCCUGUCCCGAAAGAUUCAGGAGGAGUACUACAGGCUUUUCAAAAAUGUGCCGUGUUGUUUUGAAUGCCUGAGAUGAAUUAAUGCCACCACAGCCUGAUCAAUUGCACUUGUACAAUAAUAGUCCACCCUUCAGCUUGGCAUCGCCUGUGACUCAUGCUUCAGUUUUGAAAAACAACGUGGGAGGAAGAAUUGUGUAGAAGAGAUCUCUUAUAGAUAACCACACACUUUCUAAAUGUCUUGUUUCUCUUUUAAAAGACUGCCGUCAUCUAAUCAUGUUUGUUUGUUGUACAUUCAAUUCAAAGGGAAUUCUGUUUCAAUAUAUUCAAAAAAAAGCAUUCUUCUAAGAAUCGCAUUUUGUAAAAUUUCAGUUUAAUUUAACAUCUUAGCAAUUAUCGGCAUUAAACUCCAAACAACAUGAGCAGCAGUCUUUUGUCUUUUUCUUGUAUUUGAAAUUGAUUUGUAAAUUAUUAAAAUGAAUAUGGCAAACCAACACAUAUCUCUGCUGCUCGCUUCCUUUAUGUGUAAAAUCAGUGGUGUCGUUUAAUGCAUUCACACUCGCUCUCUGAACACCAAACAACAAGGUGUGCAGUUUAUUAAAUAUGAAUUGUUGUGAGGACAGUUUCUCUCGCACGAUGACAGUUAGGUAGGUCAAUGGCCCCAUCUACUGGACUUAACGGGGAACUUUCCACUGUCACAUUGGACUCACAAGCUCAUAACUUUCAAUACUUUCUGAUUAUUAUACUUGUCAGCGUGAUCAGACAAAUGUUCUUUCUGUAUUUUUGUGUUUGCUUGUAGCUUGUUGGUCCAUAUGAGCUGUGUUGUAGCAAUUUUGUGCAGCCCUCUAAAGCUUUGUGAUACUGGCCUGUACAAAAAUAAAUAUUGUGGUUGAACCUUAA